AUGCUUCAGUCCGGCUCAGGGGGCGAAGGGGAAGGUAGUGAAGGGGACGUCGGGAGUGAGGGAACGAGUCAGAGUCACCCCGAUGAGCAAACACCUGACGACGAUUACCUCAGCAAAUUCAGGCAACAGGAACGUGAAGAACGACAAGAAAUAGAGGCGGAGUUGCGACAAGCUACGACGGGCCUCUUCGGGUCGCAACGAGGAGGGGGUUCCCCGCUAGGAUUACCCCUGUUACCCGGGAUGAGGGGGCCACCUCGAGUGCCCUUCUUACCUGUCGGUACCCCACCUCCUCCUUCCUCCACCGCCUCUUCCCCCACUGAGUCCACCACCCCCUCCCAGUCUGCUUGGAGCUUCGAGGAACAGUUCAAACAGACCCCGACAAGAAAAGAAGGGGAAGCCGGAGAGUAUCUCAUUGAAUGA